CACGGUCCUAUAUUUAAAUUUGGCAAUUGUCUUUUCCCGCAAUGUGGCGGCAAAUUCGGAAAGACAACAAGUCAAGAUUUUGCAAAUCGGGAAGAGAGUUGAGGAACUUGAGGUCAGCAAUCGCAAUCGAAUGAAUUAAAAAAUGGCUGUGGAUGUCCUCAAUCCUGUUAACAUGAACUGUGAAUUGCUUGCUACCUGCAAUGCUCUUGGUUACUUGGAAGGACAAAUUUAUCAGAAGGAACCAGAUUGUUUAGAGACUAUCAAGGAUCUGAUUCGGUUCUUAAAACGAGAGGAUGAAACAUGCAGCAUUCGACGUCAGCUUGGCCACGCCCAGAUCUUACAGAAUGAUCUUAUUCCAUUGACCAAGCAGUUCAGCAAGGAGGAGGAGCUCUUUGAAACAACAAUUAGACUUCUGGUUAAUCUGACUCAGCCUGCGGAACUGUGCUUCCAGAAUGUCCCUGAUGACAAGACAUUUCGGAACUACUUCCUGGAAGUGUUGUCCCACCUCCAAGCUUACAAACAAGCAUUUGCUUGUGAAGAAUUCAUGGCUGUCAUGGCAAGAAAACUCAAGAAGAUGCUGGACAUGGAGUGGGAGAGUCGGCGUGAGGACCACACCCUUCUCAUGGAACGCAUCUUGCUCCUUGUGAGAAAUGUCCUCCACAUUCCGGCUGACCCAAAUGCUGAAAAGAGAACUGAUGAUGAUGCUAGCGUCCAUGACCAAGUCCUUUGGGCUCUUAAUGUGAGCGGUAUGGAUAAGCUGAUCCUCUACAUUGCAAGCGCAGAGGGAGAGCAGCAGUGGUGUAUGCAUGCAAUAGAAAUCAUAUCACAUAUGCUCAGAGAACAGACCCCGGAGUCCAUCGCCAAAGCUGGAAGAGUGCAACACGCCAGCGAGAGACUGAAAGAGGAGAAGGAAUUGGAAAAGAUCCGGCAGAGAGAGAUGCUGGAGAAGAAAGCAAGACUCUUGAAGGCUAGCGGCAGGCAUUCUCGCUUUGGUGGCUCCUUCUACAUGACCAACUUCAAGUCGAUCAGCGACCGUGACCUCAUCUACCAUCGGCCACUCCAGCAGGCCAAGACCAUGACGUUUGAGAGUACUAAAAAUGCCACCAAGAAGCCCAAGAACAAGCUACCUCUACAGGAUGGGACCAUCAACCGACGAUCGACCCUGAGCAUCCGACUGUUCCUCAAAGACUUCUGCACGCUCUUCCUUGAUAACUGCUACAAUCCGUUGAUGAACGCUGUGAAGGAUCAUAUUCUUCACCGACGUGCUCAGGAGAAUGAUGAGUCAUACUACUUCUGGGCAAUGCAGUUCUUCAUGCAGUUCAGCCGGCUGUAUAAAUUCAGAGUAGAUGUCAUCAGUGAGACCUUCUCUGUCCAGUCGUUCCAUUACGUGAACACGCAACUCAUCAAAUAUCUUGAUAUGAUGACAACAGAUAAAAAGGAAGCAGCUGCCUGGUCUAAAAGGCUGCAUCUUGCCCUGAAAGCCUACCGUGAACUCCUAGCAACACUGAAUGAGAUGGUGGGUCCCCAUAGCAGUCCAGAGUUGAAGGAGUCUGCUGAUGCCAUUCAGAGCAAUGUCUUCUAUGUCCUGGAGUACCGGGAAGUCUUCAUCACCCUCCUCAAGAAAUUCAAUGAAGUCACAUGCACGAGGACUUACCUGAAAGAUUUGAUAGAGUCCGUUCACAUCUUCAUGAAGAUGUUGGAGAAAUACUGCAAGGGCAAGAAGACUCUUAUUGUGCAGAAAAAGCUUAAGAAAAAAUCCAAGCGCAGAAAACGACGACAGGCCCAGAGACCGGAAGAAAACCAGGCCAACGAAGAAGAACAGAACCAGCUGGCCCAGGUCUGGGACGACACCCUCGCAACAGAACUAUCAUCCAUGCUUCAAGGAAGAGAGGAUGUCCCGGAUGAUGUUGUGCCAUUUGAUGCUGCCUCAGAGAUGCCGGUUGAAGAACAGAGAGCUGACGCAAUGGUCAGGAUCCAGCAGAGUUUGAGGUCUGGUCGAGCAGGUGAAGGUCUGGCUCUGUUCAGAGCAGCAAGGGAGGUGUGGCCUGAUGGUGAUGUGUUUGGAGCAGCGGACAUAGAACCUGAAGAUGAGUUCAUGGCACUCAGAGAGAUACACUUCACCAACCUGAAUGUGCAAACCCAAGCAGAACCGGAACCAGACGUGGAAGAACAAGAAAUUGAAGAAGAAGAUGAAGAAGAUGAGAUGGCGAUGGAAGAACAUUCAUCUAGAGGGGAGGAGGAAUUCAACUUCAAACUUUAUGUCAACAAGUUCACACACCCAGAUGUACUGAGAAAUUACAUCAAGCUGUUGAUGAGUUUCCGCGGCAACCAAGAGUUCACCAAUCACUGCAUCGUCAAGCUCCUCCACAGAGUAUCCCUUGAGGUGGACAAGACGGAGCUUCUCUUUCAGAUCUCUCUUUUCAGGAUCUUCCAUAAGAUCCUGCAGGACCCUCUGGCAAAGACUGACCAGUUCAAGGAAAUGACAAAGUUUGCUCAGUUUGUUGUGGGUCGUUUCUUCAAGGCGUUGCCCACCAAACCCAAGCUGGUGGUCGAACUGCUCUUUUGGAAGGAUGCAAGGAGUAUCUAUGAGAUCCAGGAAGGCUACGGAGCAGAACAACCAAAGAAGGGCAAAUCAAAUUUUUGGAAUGAAGAAGAGGAGGCCGAGCUGGCAGGUCUUUAUGAGCAGUAUCGAGAUGUAGAUGGAGGAGAACGAGAUGUGGUUGAUCUGAUCAUGGAAAAUCUGAUUAAUGAUACCAGAAGUAGAAGACAGAUCAUAGCACAGCUUAUUAGACAAGAAUUGAUAGAGAGUGCCAAGGUUCUGAGGAAGCCCAAAGUAUUAAAGAGCGCAUGGCGUGAGGAGCUCGAGUUGGAGUUGAGGACAUUCUUUGAUCAAUACAAAGAUUCUAAUGACAUAGUUGGUAACAUUAUACAGAGCAUGAGCGAGCCUAGGUCUAAGCAAGCGGUCACCAAGAAGAUCCUGGAAUUGGGCCUGGUCCAGGAUCGCUCACAGCUUUACAAGAAGCGUGCAAGAAAGGCCGACGGUGGAGGUACCAAGAGGAGGCGCAGAAGACGCAGACAUGGAGAUGACGAUGACGAGGAUGUUCCUGAAGAUGUGUAUGCUGAAGGUUUGCAAGAAUUCCCGGAUGAGGACUUACUACCUACUACUGAUGAUAGUAGCAGUGAUGAUGAUAAAGAGGAGAGUGAGGAGGAGGAAGGAGAAGAGGAUGAUGAAGAACAAGAAGUGCCUCUUGAAGAUAUCAUCACUAAGCUUCAGAGGAAAGGGUUAACUGAACAGAUCCAAUGGAUACAGGAAGGAUUGAGAAGGACAGCAGAGGACAGAGAAGAAAGUGGAGAUAACCAGGCCAUUCCAAUCGUCCCAUUGUCUGAAGAAAGCGGUAAAGCCAUGAGGAACAAGACUUUCCAGAAGUUCUUGAAGAAAAUAGGUCUCUCAGAGCCAAGAUCACAUGAGGAGGUAUACUGGCGCAUGCCUGGGGAUCUGUCUGCUUCCACCCUGCGAGAGAUGGCAGACUCCAUUGAACCCAAAGAAGGCGUGGACGUGUUACCCGCAGAAUCAGAGAAGAGCAGCAAGAAGUCCAAUGCCCGCUACCAGAUGCUGAAGCAGAUGGCACUCUCAAAGCGCCAGGAGAAGGAAGGGAAGCAGUCGGUACGCCAGAAGCGCAGAGAGGCUCGGCAGUCGACACAAGAACCGGAGAAUGAAAAGAGUCUUGCCGAUCUGUAUGAUGCCGAGACUGAUGUUAGUGGAGAGGAAGAGGAGACGGGAAAAGCUGUUGGAGGUCAGAGGUCAAGGAUAAAGAGGUCACUACCCAGUGACUCCAGUGAUGACAGUGAUGAUGAGAAGCUUAGUUCCUUCAUGAACCAACAUCGAGGAGACCCCUUGCCCCAAGAAAAGCCAGCGAAACGUACCAGACUGCAGUCAAGUGAUGACGAUAGCGAUGAUGAGCAGCUCAGCUCUUUUAUGAACAAGCAUCGAAAAGAAGACUCCUCGCCACAAGAGCUUGCAGCGGAACCUAGCCGGCUGAUGUCCAGCGAUGAUAGUGAUGACGAAAUGGACAAGAGGUCACCCGUGCCAAAGAAGAAGGAUAAACUUAAGAAGCAAGCAAGGUUGGUUUCUAGUGAUGAUGAUAGCGAUGAGGAUAGAUUGGAGAUUGAUGAAGGGGUUACCUCAGCCAGAAAGGCAUCUCCCGUUUCCAAGAUGGCAAAGCACUCCAGGAUUGUUGCAAGUGAUGAUAGUGAGGAAGAAGAGGACAAAUCCGAGGAAGAGGAUGAGAUCGAAGAGGAAGUAGACGACGCCCAGAGUGAAAUCUUCGACUUGAUCGCCAAGCCACCAAAGAAAUCCUUGAAGAAGCAGACUCCGUUUGAUUUCAGCGACGAGGAUGAAUACGAGGAGGAAACCAGGAAGAUGGAGUCGGAACCUGUUGCCACCCAAGCAGAAGAACUCACAUCCCAUGACCAGUCACUCCAUCUCAGGCUCUCCUCCGACAGUCCCAGUGAUGCCGACGUGACGAUGAAGGAUGAUGCAACCACAGAGGAUGAAGACCCAGAGGACAUCGUGGGUGCCGACGCAGAGGAUAAUGCCAGAAAUUUUGAGAAAGACACCACUAAUAAUGCAGCCAAUGAUAAUGACGAGAAUAACUUGGACAACAAGGAGAGUGAUGUGGAAGAAAUGAUCGAGGACGAAGGAGAGUGGGAAGAGAUACUGGAUGAUGACAGCGACUUUGACAUGACCUCAAGCAACCAACCGACAGCCUCUUUGGCAAGCAGCACACCAGCAGUUGAAGCCUCGAGUGACAGUGAUUCUGAUGACGAUGUCCCUCUUAGGAAGGUAGCCAAAAGGAAUGCUAUAUCGUCUGAUAGCGAAGAUGAAUAGAUUGGAUGAUAUAAAAAUAAGCCAGUUCGUAGUUCCUUUCUGCGCAUGAUCAGAGGAAGGUCAUUUGUACUAAAAUGACAUGGUCGUUUAAAAUCUAAUGAGA